AUGGAUUGUGAAGAAAACACAACUGUGUUUUCCACCCUGAAGUCCUUCAAUUCCUUCAUUAGCAGCUCUGGACAUUUGCCCCAGCUGCCGGGCACCUCAAUGGCGUCCAGUACCAACCUGCAGAACCAGUACAAGCGCAGUAUGGAGUUGUUGGAAGCGGCCGAGAAGGUCCAUUCGCAAAGUCGUUACCUGAAGUUGGAUCAGGAGAAGAAACAGAUGGAACUGAGUCACAAACGUGUUCGCGUGGAGCUGGAGAAAAGUGCCAGUGACACAGCAUGCAACCUGAAGAAAGUGGAAGAAAAGAACAAUGAAAUGGCAGCGGUAAUCAAGAAGUUAGAGGAGCGUGAGUCGGAGGCAGUCAAGAAGCUGGCGCAGCAAGUGGAGACCAACCGAGAACUCGGCAAGAACCUAGAGAGUCUGGCCAAGAAGUUGGAGGAGCGAGAUGCCCAACUUAACACCUCUAACCAGAGCUUUAUCUGUCUGAAGGACGAAAUUAGAGAACUUAAACAGAAGCUUCAAAACAAGGAAUCAGAAGAUUCCACUCAGAAGUUAGAGAAACAAGCCCUGCAGGAGCAGCUGGAGUUACAGCGGAGAAAGUACCACGAAAUGUCUCAGCUGUGCCAGAGCCUCCAAGCAGCACAGUCGUCCUGCUCAGACCAUGUCAUUAAAAUCAAGGAGUUAGAAAGACGUCUGUCUCUCCAGGAACAAGACUUUUCCAUUGUGAAAAGCAUCAAGUCCCAGGCCACCAGGGUACCAGAUCUGGAAAAAGAGCUCAAGCUCCUUAGAGAGGAAAAUAUUUUUCUCAGGGAGAGCAGAGAGAACUGUAACCUGCUGAAAGAAGAGGUGGAAGGCCUCAAGAGAAAGUUGGAGCGUAUGGCCAAGACCAAAGAAGAUUUAGUGAACAUGGAAUUAGAGAAGGAGAGGUUGAUGGAGAAGAUCAGAGCGUGGGAAAACCUCGGCGAAUCGACUGGACUUAACAUCAGGAAACCAGAGGAUCUGUCAAGGGAGGUGAUUCAAAUCCAGCAGAGGGAAAUUGUCCUGAAAGAGCAGAACUACACACUCAACAGCCGCGUUCGAAGUGCGGAGCGGUCGCUACUCGAGCUACAGGCAGAGAUGUCACAACAGCAUGGCAAAACACUGGAGGAGCAGAAGAAGCGGGAGACGCAGGAGGUGCUUUUGCGUCGGCUGCAGAAGAGGCUCUUGCUACUUACCAAGGAACGUGAUGGCAUGCGCUCCAUUCUGGAAUCGUACGACAACGAGCUGGCGCCUGCCGAACACUCGCCACAGCUUGGCAAGCGUCUGAAGGAGGCGGAGGAAGUCCUUCUUAAAACGCAGAACCUCAACACAGAGAUGGAGUUGCAGCUCAAAAAAACACAGGACGAGACAGGCACUCUCAAAUUGCAGCUGCAGACCAUGCAGUUUGAGAUGGAGAGCCUGAGAAAGCAGCAGGCCUCAACAGAUGACAGAUGCUCUUUAGUGAGCAAAGAGGAGGUCACCAUGCUCAGGUCGAAAAUUGAAGAUUUGGAGGCAGAGCGGCAGCGUUUGGAGGAGCUGAAGGAAACACUGGAGAUGAGGCUGGAGCGACACAACCUACAGGGCGACUACGACUCGUUCAAGACCCGUGUGCUCAACUUAAAGAUGAACCCCACUGCCGUGGCCAAGCAGCAGCGACAGCAGGAGACGGAAGCCCUGCGGCAGGAAGUGGAACACCUGCGGGAUGUGGUACGCAAAGUGCAGGAGGGGGGCAGUGGGGCCAAAGUGGAUGCUGCCUUGCACUCAGCUAACCUCAGCCUACCGCCAUCAAAGGAGGUUCAGGAUUUGCUCAAGCAGAUUGAGCGGUCUGAGCUGAAGAACCAGCGUCUGAAGGAGGUUUUCCAGCAGAAGAUUCAGGAGUUCCGCACUGUCUGCUACAUCCUCACCGGUUACCAGCUGGACAUCCCUAUAGAAAACCAGUACCGGCUGACCUCAGUUUACGCUGAGCAUAUGGAGGACUACUUGGUCUUCAAAAAGACCGGCACUGGACUCUCAGGAAGCAUGGAGCUAAUGGAGACGCCUUUUUCCAUGACACUGGGCGAUCUGGUGGAUCUGCACCUCCACCACCAGAACAGCAUCCCCGUGUUCACCUCAGCCCUCACCAUUGAUCUUUUUGGACGCCAGACCACCAUCACCUAA